AUGCAUGACAAGAUGCAAUAUGAUUUGCUAGUUCAUCUGGUACUAUUCGUUCUGCUGUUAUGGGGCUCAAGUACUACAACAGCAGCAUCGGGAGCUGAAACACCAGUGGCAAAGCAUAAUUGUGCAACACAUUGCGGAGAUAUUAGCAUCCCAUACCCUUUCGGUAUCGGACUUCAUAAAGAUUGUUACUUUGACGAAUGGUUCGAAAUGGUGUGCAACCAGUCAUCUAGUAACAGCCCUCACAAGCUUUACUUGAGGCGUGCCCAGUUGGAAGUGCUAAACGUUUAUGCUAAUGGCACGCUUCGAGUUAACAACCCCAUUGCUUUCUUCUGCGGCGAAUACAAAGGUCAGCAACCCGCAAAUUUGAGUGGAAGCCCUUUUGUAUACUCUGGGAAACACAACAAAUUCACAGCAGUGAGUUGUGGCUACCUUGCCUUGGUGAGCUCAGAAAAGUAUGUUGUUGGAGGAUGCAGGUCAAUUUGUGAAGGGACUAGCAUAAGCCCUGAAGGUUGCGAAAUUGGUGUUAACUGUUGCCAGACCAACAUCCCACCGCAUCUCAGUGUCAUCAGUACUGAUAUAAAAGAUGAUAGAAGAGCAAGGGUAUGCAAGGAUAUAUAUGCAUUUUUGGUUGACCAAGAGUGGUUUAGGAACAAUUUUAUUGCAUCAAAUUUUAGUGUCCUAAAUGAUAUGGACAGCGUUCCGGUGGUGCUAGAUGGGAGCUUAGGCUUGGACAAUACUUCAGUCACAGUAUUUCACAGAUUCAUGGGACAAUAUUCCAGGGCUUAUAAUGACCCUAAACCCUACUGCAAAAUACUAAAUGCCACUUCCACUCUGCCAAGGCUUGUAUGUUCCUGUCCUCGGGGUUUUGAGGGAAAUCCCUAUCUUGGCUACGAUUGUCAUGACAUUGAUGAAUGCACAGAUAAAAACAGAUGUGGGCCUGGGGCCCCCUCAUUGUAUGAACUAUUAUGGGACGUAUACAUGCUACAGACACCGAGUCGGUGGAAAGACAAAGAUCAAACUGAUUCUUAUAGGUCUUGGCGCGGGUGUGGGACUGUUGUUACUGCUGAUUGCUGCAUGGUGGGUGAAGUUAAUGUAGAGAAAAUUAAGUUGUUCAAGUCAAAGGAGUUAGAGAAGUCCACUGACAAUUUCAAUACUGAUAGAAUUCUUGGCCAGGGAGGCCAAGGUACUGUUUACAAAGGCAUGCUGGCUGAUGGUAGAAUUGUAGCUGUGAAAAAAUCUAAAAUAGUGGAUGAAAGCCAACUUUCAGGUUUCAUCAAUGAGGUGGUGAUUCUUUCACAAAUCAACCACAGAAAUGUGGUUCAACUAUUGGGUUGCUGUUUAGAGACGGAGGUUCCCAUUUUGGUUUAUGAAUUUAUACCUAAUGGAAACCUUUCCCAGUAUAUCCACGAGCAGAAUGAGGAGUUUCCACUUACAUGGGAAGUUCGCUUACGAAUUGCCAAGGAAAUUGCAGGAGCUCUUUCCUAUUUACAUGCUUCAGCUGCCUUUCCCAUUUAUCACAGAGACAUCAAGUCUACCAACAUACUCUUGGAUGCAAAAUACAGAGCAAAAGUUGCUGACUUUGGAACUUCAAGAUCAGUUGCCAUUGACCAAACUCACCUUACCACACUUGUACACGGCACAUUUGGUUACAUGGACCCUGAAUAUUUUCAAUCAAGCCAAUUUACGGAGAAAAGUGACGUGUAUAGCUUUGGGGUUGUCCUUGUUGAGCUCUUGACGGGACAAAAACCAAUUUCUUUUAGAAGGUCACAAGAAGAAGGCAAAAGUCUAGCCGCAUACUUCAUCAUUUCGAUGCAGUUAGAUCGCCUGUUUGAAAUUCUUGAUGCUCAAGUUGUAAAAGGAGGGUCUAAGGCAGAUAUCAUCACAGUUGCUAACCUUGCAAGGAGGUGUUUGAAUUUGAGUGGAAGGAAGCGCCCUACAAUGAGAGAGGUCACGGCAGAACUGGAGGGGAUUCAAAUAUCAGAAAAAACUUCAACUGUUGAACAAAAUUAUGAAGAAGUUGAAUAUGUUCGAACUGAAUCAAUUGAGCCUUGGGAUGUCGUUUCAAGCUCAACAAGCACAAAACCAGGUUUGGAUGGUGGUCCUACUUCAUCAUCACAUGAAGUUCCACUAUUACCUUUCAUGUCACGCUGA